CUGUUUCUGUUUUUUUGUUGUUCAAUUUUCGAUUCUUGUCGCCUUUAGUAAAAGUACCAGUAUGUAAUUUUCAUACAAUAUUUAUUAUAGAUAAACUUUGAAGAAUAUAUGCUAAGAACUUUCAAAAUAACAGCUUCAUAAAAAGUGAAAUGAAUAAAGAACUUGUUGAAAACAUCUUGACCGUGCUUAAAACUUCCACGGACAGGAGUGUUGUAAUCAAAGGUCUUAUAAAGCUACGAACUGAUGUUGUAAAAAAUCAUGAUGGCAUUGUUCUAUUUCGGUUAGCUGGUGGGGUAGCACCCAUGGUACGCUUUCUUAACAAACCACACGAAAAAAUUCUAGAGGUGGCUCUUAGCAUACUUGGAAAUUGUUGUACGGAUGAAGAAAGUUGCAAGGAGGCAUUGCAAUGCAAAGUGGUUUUUCCACUUACAACUAUUUUGAAAUCGAUUCCCAAUCCUAUAAUACAAUGCCGAGCUUGUCGUUUGCUCGGAAAUCUUGCCAAAGGUUAUGCCGACCAAUUACUUGCCGCACAUUGUCCUGCUAUUGCGCAGUCCGUUUGUCAAAUUAUAACGGAGACUAGCGAUGUUAACACACGUCUUAUGGCUUUUCGAGCUUGCCGAUUCUUAUUGCCAAAUCAACUAUUCGUACAUCAUUUCCUCGCUUCAAAUGGUUUAAUAAUGAUGAUACGUAUCUUGACUGCUAUCAUGAAGAAAAAUGUCGCAUCUAUAGAACAAGAAGAGUUGCUUAAACAAAACCAAUUUGGUGGUCGUACAAUUGGUCUGAAGAAUAGUCAACAUCGUGAAAAAUAUUUCGAAGAGGUCGCACGCAAUCUAGAAGGUGUGCGCAGUGAUAUAUUCGAUCACGAGAUGCUAAAAAACCAGCCACGAGCUAUGGGUGAAUACGCAAUGCCUGAAGAACGUGUAGCUUUAGAUCUAGCUGGCGAAAUAUUUAAAUGUUUGUUAGUUUUAGCCGAGUUGCCGAUAAGCUCAGCUGCUUGGAAUGCUUUAAGCACCAGUGGCUGCACUUUCGCACCAAUUACCUUUUUUAUAACGAAAGAAAACUCUCAGCGAAAUGUUGCUUUAAAAAUUAUUUCAAAUUUUUCAAAACAAUUAGAUGCAUUUCAUAUUCUUAGCUCUGCGGAUGCAGUUGUGGCCGCUUGCGAACUACUUGUCGCAGAAAAUAUGGAAAUGCCGUUAACAGAAAGCGAGAAACGUCAUUGCAUACAUAUCAUUUGUAUGCUCUCGCCGGACGCUUGCAAUCGGUCCAAAAUACGACGUUCCGGCGCUUUGCGUAAACUCAUUGCAAUGAUACGGGAUUCUCAGUCUAAUACGGAGAAGUCUCAGAUUUUAUAUUUGCUCAAUAACUUUCAGUAUGACAACAUGAGCAUGGACUUAAUGCUUAGGCAAGGGCUAGUACCGGUAAUUAUUGACGAACUCAAUACAUUCUUAACAAGCGACGAUGAAUAUCACAAGAAAAAACGUGAAGAGAAAAGACUAAACUCAAAGAAAAGAAAGUUGCCAAAGGAAGCUUUUGAAGAGAUGAGGAGCAAGGUAAUUAAGGUGCAAGACUUUGAGUCGCCAAGCAGUUCACCGAGUUCAUACACACCCUCCAGCCCUUGUAGCUCACGGUGCAUGUCACCAGUAGGCAACAAUACAUUUAAAUUAGAAGGUGAAGGUUCUGACGAUGAAACAUAUUCACCUGUUUGCAGUGAUGAAGAAGAUGAAGAGGAGACACCCGCUGGAAUACAUGCAGACGUCUCCAAAGACAAUGAUGCAACUCUCAAUGAAAAUACUUCACCCAUCGCAAAUACACAAGAUGCUAAUAACCGUUGCACAGCUGAUAAUUCGGAGAUAAUGAGGCUGUUAGAUAUUGCCUGCCAAUCCAAUGAGACUAUUGAAGACAAUAUGCUUGACAAAGAAGAUGAUGACGAGCAAAGUCAAGAUGUGCCAUAUCAGAAACUGCCACAAUUGGGCAACAUGCCCCGGGGCACAUUGGAUCACUUGGAAAAUUUACUCUUUCGCGUAACCUUACUGGUUAAUAAGCGCAGCGAGUUGGGCGAAGCUAAAACUAUGAAUACACUUAUCAAAGCAAUCAAUGUGUUUGGCGCCUAUAAUAAUUUUGCUAGUUCCUUAACAAAUAUCUUGCAGGAGAGUCAGUUUUUCGCGCAGGUUAUACGAAGCGGCAUAGCACAUAAGCUUUAUCAAAUGACGAAAACUAUUAUGCUUAUCGCGGAGGGUUUUAGUUUCUUAGUUACCCUUACAUGUGUUGGGGAAUCCAAUUAUGGCAAAGCUGAGUUAGCCCGUUUUUUACGCAGCGACGACGUGGAUGCACAAAAACGAGCAGCCAUUACAGUAGCAUAUAUAAUUAAAAGUAAACGUUUACUAUAUCAAUUUUUAAGUGACGGAAAAGCGCUUCACUUUUUAUUACAAACAAUUUUGGCUGGGAAGUCAGAUGACUUCACAGUAGAAGCAGUAGAUGCGCUAACAGCAAUGUCAAGAUAUACACUCGACUUUACGAUAACUUUCGUACAUGACUACACACAGAUUUAUGAAAAAUUUAUUGAUAAUGAAAAUAAGCCACUGCACGAAAAUUGCGAUAUGUGCUUUGUAGUGCACAUUAAGUCAAACGCUGAUGAUCAAUCACUUUCGCCAAACGCUGACGACGAUGAGCAAAUCGUGCACUUCAAUAAGGAUUUGUUGUGCAGUACAAGCGAAGUAUUCAACACGAUGUUAAACAGCGAUUUUCGUGAACGAAAUGAAGGCGAAAUACAUUUACGCACUUGCUCGGUGUUAGGUUUGCGUUAUUUUCUCAAUUUAAUUGUUCGACGUUCAAAUAAUUUGAAAUACAAUAUACCGCAUGUUCAUAAUUAUCAAGCUGUAUUGGAGGCUUUCGAAAUGGCACGUGUCUACAUAAUAAGCGAAAUGGAAGAGUUCUUGUACAAAAUGCUGAUCUUUUUGAUGAAUGAAACUAAUUGUUUGAGUGCUUUCGAGUGGUCAUUGCGCAACUAUCAUGCGGAACUAACUGAAACAGUUAUAAACUAUUAUUUGUGCUCGAAUUUAAAGACACAAGAUAAAGUGAAGCUAUUUAAUGAGGCUAAUAGUUCCACGUUUUCUGCCGAGUGGUCACAAAUGAUUAUCGACGCUAUCUAUACGCGUUGCCAAAGUUGAUUCUCAACAAAGUGAUAAUAACACAGCCCAGUAAGCUUAUCUUUAAUAUUGUGCUAUUAAAUAAAAUACAAAUAAAUAUAAUCAGUGUUAUAGUAAUUCCUGAAAAAUAAUUAAAAUUGUGGAAAAAAACAGAAAAACUCUAUGAAUUGCUGUUUAACAUUUCGAUCUAAUAUAAUGUAUUAAAGAACUAUAUACAUAUAUACUUUAUUAACUCAUGUUUAUGUUUAGUAAUACCAUUGACCAUUCUUCGUACAACUUUACUUUAGAUUAUUUAAUAAAUAAAAUACUUAAUAGAAAUAAGAACUACUCAGAGCAUUUUUUCUAUUACGGAAUAAAUUAAAUGCGGUUAACAACAA